AUGCAGGGUUUGGCGGCGACCACCACCACCAACCGUGGCUCUCUUACCUUUUUCGCUCCCAGGAACCAUAGUCCAAUUCUAAAGAAGUAUGUGAAUCAAACGGUAUGCUUCCCCAAGUUUGAUUCAUUCUCAAAAUUAAGAUUGUCAACAAGCUCUAUCUCACAGAAAUGUCCACUAGCCAUUGUUCCUCUUUCAGCAACUGCACCUGUGGACUUUACAGCAGAGUCACCAUUUGCUCAUGGUUUACCACCAUUGGCUUCUGGUUUGAGAGGAAAACGGAGACCGCUAGAGCCUGCGAAAGCAUUCAAAGACGACUUCUUCAAAAUCAAACUACCUAAAAUCGCAGAGCGGCCUGAAUGGUGGUGGAGGACAUUAGCUUGUAUCCCUUACCUGAUAUCCCUUCAAAUAUCUGAUGUCGGGUUCUACGUCCAACCGUUUCUAGAAAAGCACGACGCGAUUGGAGACAUGAUUUAUUUCAUCCCGGGAGCGAUAAACAGAUGGCCGCACUGGUUCUUCAUGGUGUACUGUUACUUGGGUUACAUGUGGGUAGUGAAGAACAAAGACUUGCCUCAUUACUUGAGGUUUCACAUGAUGAUGGGUAUGCUUCUUGAAACAGCGCUUCAGAUCAUAUGGUGUACGAGCAAUUUCUUCCCGCUGAUUCAUUUCAAAGGACAGUUUGGGAUGUAUUAUUGGAUGGCGAUUGGAUUCACUUACAUAUGUCUGCUUCUUGAAUGCAUUCGGUGCGCUCUCGCUGGAGUUUAUGCUCAGAUUCCUUUCAUGACUGAUGCUGCUUCCAUUCACACUCUCUUCAACUUGGGAGGUUUUCAGAGACCACUCAGAGGUGGUGGUUGUGACUUAUCGAGUCUAAGUCUAAAGUGA